GAGGAUUCUUCGAGAUCAGUGGCAAUGGAAGCGUGUGAUCCAGGUUUCGAAGUGGAUGCUGAGCAAAGGACAUGGCAAGACAAUGGCAACUUAUCAGCUGCUGAUAGUGGCACUGGAGAAAGAAGACCGCAUCGAGGAAGCCGAGGAAGUUUUCCACGGUGUCUUUAGGAGAUACUUGGACGCGCUUCCCCGUUCACAUUUUUCUCUUAUGAUGGGGAUCUACAACCGAGCUGGCAUGUAUGAAAAGCUGCUAGAUCUCUUUGCAGACAUGGAAGAACUCAACGUCAGACCGGAUCAAGGAUUAGUUGAAAUGGUUGCGGAGGUCUAUUUCAAAGUCGGCAUGCCAGAAAAGAGCGAGAAGGUGCGAGAAAAGUAUCCCCUGCGGCGGUAUGAGUAUCGUUAUCUCAAAGGGAGGCGUAUCAGAGUUCCUACGAAGCGACUCUAUCCCGAGCUGAGACUUACAAAACCGUCUCAAGAAGCCGAAAGUGGUGGUGGUGGCGAUGAUCUUUCAGUACAAGAACAAGAAGAAGAAGAAGAAGAGGAAGAGGAAGAACUUCAAGGAGGAGGACUCGAAGAUAUCGAAGAAAACGAAGAAGUGAUCGUCUCUAGUGCCAACGAUGAAGAUGAAGUGGAAUUGCCCGAGAAAAUGGAAGAAGAUGGAGAGCUCCUCGAGAGAGCCCUAUUGGGGGAGCCUGUGGGAGAAGAGCUGCUAGAGACCAAGUGGCAAGAACAGCAAAUUCUUCAAGCAAAGUGAGUGAACUUUCUUUCUGCCGGUUUAUGGAAAGGAAGCAAUGCAUUGAAGCAAUCCAGUCUUGCAAAUCCCUCCCAGCGCUACGAGAAAUCCACUCGCGAGCCGCAACUCUCUUGCCAAGGAUCAAGGACGAUUACUUCAUCCUCAACAAUCUCAUCGAAAUGUAUGGCAAGUGCGGCAGCGCCACCGAAGCUCGCAAGGUCUUCGAUGGAAUCUACGUCAAGAACUCCUUCUCCUGGACGCUCAUGCUCUCGGCCUACUGCCGCAACGGGCAUCUGGAAGAUGCGAAAACAAUACUCCUCAAGAUGCCAGCCUCCGCUAAAACGCCCGUUUCCAUGACUUCUAUGAUCGCAGCACUUGCAAACUCGGGGAAUCUGGAAGAUGCGCGACGAAUGUUUAAUGCCAUGCCCGAUCAUGAUCUAAUCUCUUGGACUACCAUGCUUGACGCAUAUGCCCAGAACGGGCAUCUGGAAGAAGCCAAGCAAAUCUACGAAUCUAUGCCUUGUCGAGACCUUGUCUCUUCUAACGCAAUGCUGUCGGCGUAUACCCGGCAUGGGCAUCUCGACGAUGCGAAGAUCCUGUUUGAUUCUAUCGUAGGGCCGAAUCUAGUAGCGUGGAACACGAUGCUGUCUACGUAUGCCCAACAAGGGCAUUUGCGAGAAGCACGGGAACUGUUUGACGCGAUGCCGUUGAGAGACGCAGUGAGCUGGACGGCCAUGAUUGAUGCGUACGGUCAUCACGGUGAUUUCUGUGAAGCGAGGAGAUUGUUUCGCGAGCUACCGGAAGAUAACCUUGUGUCUUGGAAUGCGAUAAUCUCCGCAUUUGCCAUUAGAGGGCAUUUGCGGGAAGCGCAAGCAUUGUUUGAUUCGAUGCCUCAAAGAGAUCUCGUUAGCUGGGUCGCGCUUGUUUACGGCUAUGCCAUUGCCGCAGAGACAUCGAUUGCGAAAUCACUGUUCGAUCAAAUGCCAUGUUGGAACUUGGUGGCGAUGAACGCCCUCCUUUCGGGUUUUGCCCAAUUGGGGCAAAUAGAGUCCUCCAAGAAUGCAUUUGAUGAGAUGCCGGGGAGAGAUGUAAUUUCCUGGAACAUCAUUCUAGGAGGUUAUGCCCAGAACGGGUAUCUCCAGGAAGCUCGGAUUGUCCUCCAGGCAAUGCCACAGCACGGGAUUGUGUCGAUCAACACAAUGAUCUCGGCAUAUGCCCAGACUGGAGACGUCGCUCGAUCAAAGUCGCUUUUUGAUGAACUCCCGCAAAGGAAUCUCGUUUCCUGGAACGCGAUUCUGGCCGCGUAUGCCCAAUCUGGUAGAGUUUCCGAGGCUGAGAAGACAUUCCAGGCGAUGCCACAGAGAGAUCCUCUCUCUUGGACUGCGAUGAUCACAGCCUAUGCCUUGGCUGGGAAUUGUGAGCGAUCGAAGCAAAUGUUUGAUGAAUGCCCUCACAAGGACACUGUUUCUUACAACGCGCUUCUCUCGGCAUACGCUCAAUGCGAGAGACUCGAAGAGGCAAAACUCGUCUUUGACUCCAUGCCGCACAGAAAUACUGUCUGCUGGAACGCAAUGCUUGCUGCGUAUGCCCAGGCAGGGCAUCUGGACGAGGGGGAGCACAUUUUCGAAAACAUGCCGGUGAGGGAUCUCGUCUCCUACAACGCAAUGCUCUCCGCGUAUUCCCAGAACCGGCACGUCGUACAGGCGGUGGCAAUGUUUUAUAGCCUUCCGCUUCGGAACGAGCAUUCCUGGAAUGCAUAUGUCGCAGCGUUUGCACGAGUUGGAGACAUUGAAAGAGCAAAAAGAGCUUUCGAUCAGAUACCAGAGCAGGACCAAAUCUCAUGGAGCGUCUUGCUUGCGGCUCAAGCCCACUUUGGAGACUCAACACUUGCAAUUGCAACUUUUGAUGAGAUGAGAGUAUCAGUCGCGCCUGAGGAAGCUUGUUUUGCUCUUGUACUCACCUCUUGCAGCAGGGAGGGCAAGCUCUACAAUGGGCGCUGCUGCUUCACGUCCAUGAGGUAUGAUUUCGGAGUCUCUCCGUCGCGGCCUCACUACUGCUGCAUGAUUGAUCUUCUUGCCCGGUCUGGGCAUUUGGAGGACUGUGAGAAACUCAUUCUUACAAUGCCCUUUGAGCCCCAGGCUCUGGAGUGGAUUGCCUUGCUUAGUGCUUGUUCGUCUCACGGUGACAAUGAAAGUGGAGCUAGGGCCGCAAAGAGCUUGACGCGAUUCCAGCAUGGAGCGGCUUAUGUGCUCCUAGCAAAUGCCAAUAUCCCAAAGCUCACGGGCAUUAAAUGAGGGUGUGCCACUUCAUCACUGUUU